AACGAAGAAGGAAUUGAUAUACCAUUGUUAACUACAGUAAUAACCAUUAGAAAAUGCUUUUUCAAGUUGUAUUGUCGUUCCUUGCACUCUCACAAUUGAUUGCCGGGUCAGCUUUCACAUUUAUAUUAGGAGCUCAAGAGAGAUCAUGUUACUAUAUUUUCACAGAAAAGCCUGAUACUCAAAUUAGUUAUUAUUUUGCUGUUCAAAGUGGUGGAUCAUUUGAUGUUGAUUAUGCUAUUAAAAAUCCACUGGGAGAAGUAGUUAUUUCUGAUGAUAAACAAAGACAAGGAGAUUUUAUUUUUACAGCUAAAGAUGUUGGAGAAUAUGAAUUUUGUUUCUCUAAUGGUAUGUCUACUUUUGCUGAAAAAGUAGUUGAUUUUGAAAUUAAAUUUGAAAAUGAAGCUGAUGGUAAAGAUUUCAAGGCUAGUAUGCCAGAACAACCAAAUACUAAACCAAUUGCUCAUGUUGAAAGUAUGCAAAGUACUGUUGAAAAAAUCGAUCAAAAAUUAGAUGGACUUUCAAGAACUUUACAUUAUUAUAAAACUAGAAAUAGUAGAAAUCAACAAACUGUUAAAUCUACUGAAACAAGAAUUUAUUAUUUUUCCAUUUUCGAAGUUUUAUUAAUGGUUGGAAUGGCUUUCUUACAAAUUACUAUUGUUCAAUUCUUCUUCAAGGGUUCUAGAAGACAAUUGGUCUAAUCAUACAUAGAAUUAUAAUUUGCGUUCCCUCUAUAUUGAUUACUAGCUAAUCUAUUGCAUGUACAUUUAGUUAAUUAUAUAAAAUAUAUAUCAUUAUAUUUAAAAUAUAUACAUAAUUCAUACUAAAAAACAAUUUUCUCCAUCU